AUGUCUGCAGUCGAAUACAACAGUUUACUCUUCGAGAUAAGUCAGAGAAUAGACGAACUGAAUGCGGGCAGGAAGUUAUUGGUUAUGUGCAGAGGAAAGGUGGCGCAUCGAAGCGACGAAAAUAUGCAAAAUGUCUUCCCGUUGUUUGAGGAACUGGAGCAGAAUAGUUUUCUUGGUCCUGACAAAUUGGAAGUCUUGAAAGAUGUAUUGAAAGGCGUGAAAGAAUGGUCCCUUUUUGGAAAUGUCAAAGCUUUUGAGGCCAAAAGAAAGGAAUAUAAGAGCUUGUUGGAAAAGAUUAUUCAUGUACUUGACGAGCUCGAUUGUCUCGAAGAACUCGUAGCCAUUUGCAAUGAUUGGAUACCGGAAGAAAAACGUAGUAGCAUGGGAGAUGUUAGAUCACUGUUUAAAGAGCUCGAAAACAAUGAAUCCCUAGGGAUUGACCGUCUCGAGGUCUUAAAACGGAUUUUGACCCAGAAGGAGCAAAGAGAACUACUUCAGGAAGUGGUGGACCUUCAGGAAAGAAGAAACAAAGAGGAUGAAUUUGAAUGGCGAAAAGGUACUCUUCACUCAGCCGUUCUAGAACACUCUAGAGGGUCUUUCGUUACGGUCUCUCAGUCUUUCUCCAUUGUUGUAGGUUUUACUUUGUCUCCCCUACCUUGCUUUCAAAUGAAUCUAGAGAGAGAGAGAGAUUGCGUCGUCGGCUAGCAGCAAUUUACUUGGAGGUAAGUUGACAUAACGGGCUAUAGCUAUGAGCUUUAUGGGAAAGAUUGAAUACAAGAUUUCGGUACCAAAACAAUCAAUAAAACAACAAAUGAAACGAAGUAAAAUAAAAGUUAAGUAGGAGAGACAGGAACAACAACUAUAUAUUGAACAUUAACAUAGAAAAUUACUUGGCUAUGUACGGCUUCUACGUUACUCGUAUGUUAAGCAAGUUAAAGUAGAAUUCGGGUUAUAACAAUUUAGAAUCUUUUCAAUAUAAGAGGCACUAAGAUUUAUGAUGUUUCAGGGCUCAAAAUAACGGCCGGUCAACGGACAAUGUCCGGCCUGAUCGUGGACUUGACUGGCCAAACUCUCGUCUGGCCGGUCAUUUUUGGAUACGAACAUUUUGUAAUAUUUUCCAUAAGUUGUCGCUCAAUGCGUUUUGCUCUAUAACACUGUAAUGACUUCUUUUUUCUUUAGUUUUUUUUUUGCUGCUUUGCACUAAAGGCUUUCAAGAAAAAAGAACGCCGCAAUAAAUUUCAUGUCGUCAUGUCGUAACGAAACGCAACAAAGCGAAACAACAACAAACUGAGUUGUGAAGUGACGCAAGAUGCAGCAGGUGGUACUGUGCUUCCUGCUUGUGCUAGAACCAAUAGUGAGACCGUCUUUGGGAAAAAAUACAGUAACAAUAAUCUGUUAUCCGUUAGAAAACUAAAGGAUUCUUUGUUGAGGAGACUUUCGAUUACGUGCCGGGCAACGAAAAAGAUCAAGUUUUACCGAUAUGCAGAUAUGGGACGAACCUUGGGGAUUUCAGUCACCGCCAUACGAUGAUACUCAAGGUAUAACGGACUUGAAAACGGGCAAAAACCGCGGAAAGGAACUCAAGAACGUGUGAAUGAAUUUUUCACCAACUUGCCGCCAAAAAGCUGAACGUCAAUGCACUACAACGAUCUAUUGCCAGCGUAAUUCCAUAUUCCAUUAGGCAAAAAAAAAUGAUAGUAUUCAUUAUUUGACCGGCCAAAAUCGCGGUUUGUCCGGGCUAAAAAAUAUUUGGCCGGUCAUGAGGACCGGCGACCUUCUGUCCGUUAUUUUCAUCGCACAUAGACAUGAUAUUUAACCGUGUUUGCAUGGCCUGAUAUAAACGCGAGAGGGGUUGGGAGAAUUCGAGACACUUGUGCAAACUCGAGACGAAGUCGAGGGUUUGCAUAACGGUCGAGAAUUCUCGCAACCCGUUGAGUGUUUAUAUCAGGAUAUGCAAACACAGGAAAAAAAGUUUUCUAUUGCUUUUAGGAAAUAACUUUCCCGAGGAAAAAAGCAAAACUAUCUUGUUUAGAGCGCUGAUUAAAAGAGAAAUUCUUACCAGUCGCGAAGUAUUGUACACGAAGCUUGUACGCGUAAUUCAGUCCUUGUUUUGCAAAAAGAAAUGCUUUCCAAAAUACGGGUUUUUCUUGCUUAAAAUGUCAGCUCAAGCGAAAAAAAAUUAACACAGCAUGUUUUCAAAGAUUUUCCAAGUUUUAGCCGACGAGAAAAUGGGUAAAUAAAGUAAACUUGUCGACGAAUUUUUCAACUCAAAACCUUUUUUCCAAUUCGUGCUUUCGUGAUUAGCGCUUGACGUCACAACCAUGUUUACAUACUCUCAUGCAAACACGCCUCUCGGCCCAUCAGAGCGCGCAUACUAUCUGAGUUAUUUUAUAAAUAAAAAUAGUGCCUUGCAAGACAUAUUCGUAAAAUUACUGUUUAUCCAUUAUAGGCUCCCCAAGAAGGUACCCCUUAUAUUAGAAAGUCAUGAGUGAGUUCAUUUCAACAAAUAGUGGAAUUCAUCACCAAUUUCGGAUCUAUUACAAAGGGGACAAAGUCUCUCAACUCUGGGUAGCUUCUUGUAAUGGGUAGCAAGUGGUACGAAAUUCGCAUUUUGGUUGCUGCCACUCUUGUCUUACUAUGUUCUUUAUUAAAUCAUGAUAAGUUUCAAAUCUGACUUGUUUUCGUUUUUCAAUUCACUAUACAGACUUAGUUUAUUUCCAGCUGAGGAGUCAAAUUUAUCCUUUAUCAAAUUUUUCGACCAAUUUUCCUGGUAUUAUUUUAACAAAUUUCUUUUAAACACUCUAACCACGUGAGGAAUUCUCCUGUAGUCAAGAUGUGGCAGAUUUGGAGUAUAAUCAGUCAAUUUAGUAAAGUGUACUGGGUGCUUUACAGCAGUAAAUGGUGAAUGCUUACCUACAUUAUUUAAAUGGAUGUUUAUCUCUUGGGCGCUACUUAAAAUUUAGCUUUUUUGUUGAGUAAGUAACCUUAAGAAGUACUUAAAAAUUCUAGUGUAAAUAAUAAGAUGAAGAGGAAAACGUCCGAGUUCUUCCUUCACCGCAAGGUUACUUGCUUUAGAGUGAACCCCUAAGGCCAUUUUGUAUACCUUGUUAUGCAUAUUCUCGGGUGUUAUUCGUUGAUCAAAAAUUCUCGAGACAAAUCUGUCAGAGUUAUUCCCGACUGAUUUUAAAAACAACCCUAAAUUUCACAGUUGUACGAAAGGACUGGGCUCACAAGAGAAUCAAAAAGUUUAAAAACUGCUGAAACAGAAGCACCAUUGUAAAUAUUUUUCUUUGACAGGAAACUAUAAGGAGACCUUGAGGCUUUAUCAUAACUACUUUUUCUGGGCCAGUAAAAAAGAACCAGAAGGCGUGAAAGUUAUUCCAAGGUAGACGUAACUAUCAGUUACUUGGAUUGGCUGAUUACCUAGCGUGAAUUCACCUCUAAAUAUUCAGUACCACUUGUGAUAAAAAUAAUAGCUUCUGUCUUUUUUAUAUUUAUCCUCAUUUGCCAUUUCUUAACGUAAUAACUUAACUUAUCAAGCCAUCUCUGCAAACCAUUUUCUGAUUCGGAAAGCGGGAUAAGAUCAUCUGCAUAUAGUAAAAAUUGAUUUUGCAUUCUUCCAUGAUGGAUGGAUCAGGGAUCACAAGGGGAGUAAAAUAGAUCAACAAUAUCACUUACAAAAAUGUUAAAUAAUGUUGGGCUCAGGUUACAACCCUGUCGUACCCAUACUAAAGGUGUAAACGUCGCCGUUAACCCGCUUGUAGUUUUACUUUUACCGAUGAAACAACUCUGUCAUACAUGCUUUUCAGUGGAAAUAUAAUCUUUUGAGAAAAUGCAUAUUUCAUUAGCUUAUGGAAAAGGCCGUUUCUCCAAAUUGUGUCAUAGGCCUUUGAAAGUCGACAAAGCAGGCGUAUACCUUUUUAUCAUUUUUCGUAUUAAGAUCAGUUAGAGUCUUCAGAACAAAAACGUGGUCAGACGUCCUAUAGCCUUUUCAGAAAACAAUUUGGCUGUUAUGUACUAUAUUGUGUUCGUCAAGAUAUUUUGUAAGACGGUCAUUAAUAAUUAGGGUAAAGAAUUUAUGUAAACGACUACAUACAUUAAUUCCGCGAUAGUUAUUAGGGUCGCCUAUAUCACCCGCUUUAAAUACGGGUGAAAUAUGACCCACCGACCACAACUAGGGAAAUAUGCCGGAAUUAAAAACUUUAUUAAAACGAAUUUUCAAUACAGGCCCAAUGAUGGACACGCUUGAUUUGAUCAUCUCAUUAGAUAUGCCAUCACUUCCGGCUGCCUUGCCAGUUUUUAACUUGGUCGAUGCUUUACGUAUCUCUUCAAGCGUGAUUGUUUCGUCUAGGAUUGGUUCAUUUAAUUUUGCGAAUUCGGCAAUAUUGGAUACGUUGAAGUCAAACCAACUUCUCAAACCCACUCUUUGAGGAGUUAUGGGGUGUAGAGAGUGUAGUCUAAAAUAGGUGAACCAGUCGUCUGCAUCAACUUUGUCUGAUAUUUGGUUGGCUGAUUUUUUACUUCAUUCGUUUACCAUUUCCCAGAAGUCCCGCCAUGGAAUGGUAAGACUCAAAAGAAGCAAUUUUUUGAAGUAAGAAUUCUUUAAAAUAUCUUUUCUUCGUUUUUACUAAUUUCCUUAAAGCUUUCCUUAUUACAAGAAAUGUACCUCGUAAAAUGGGAUCAGAGGGAAAUUUCGAAUUAGUUUUCCAAAGCGCAGUACUUCUCUAUUAAGUUCGAAACAAGAUUUAUCAAAACACUUAUUUUUCUUUUCCUGGGAAUGUUUGGAGUUUUCAAUACAGGUAAACCUGUAAACAGGUAACGUGGCUUCUGCAACACCGAAAACAACAUCCGAAAGAUCGUUAACCGCGUCAUCGACAUCACAGGAGUCGUCUUUCAGACAUGUAUUAAAAAAUUUGUUAAGGCAGUCUACCACCUGUUGUGAUGAUAAGUCAUCCAAAAAUUUUGUUUUGAAUAUAUUGCCCCAUUUGAAAGACACAGGUAGAGUGUGUAACUGAAAAGGAGACUUUUCUGGUUUCAAACACACCCCUCAAUACAAAAGAUAUUAGACAAUGGCAUGACCAGUCCGUUAGAGCGGAGACGACAAAACCCAUUAUUUCAUUUAGUAAUUCCUCACUUACUACAGCGUAGUAAAUUGAACUUACUCCAUUGGGGGUGAAGCAGUUAAGUCGCCUAGUCUUUCCCCUUUAGUUCUCACGUUAAGAAUUUUUAAUUUAAAACCAUGGCAAAGCUCUAUUAAUUGUAAGCCAAACUUGUUAACUGUAUGAUCCCUGUUGCUUUUUGUAAAACAUGUUCGCGUUCAGAUACUCCUAAUCUAGAAUUAGAAACUCAAGAGACAUCUUCUGCAAAGUCAUCCAAGUUUCCAGUACGUGCAUUAAAGUCACCGCAAGAAUAAUUUUGCCUUUUUUACUGAACUAAGAAAGCUGGUCACGGAAAAUGAUAAAGCAAUUAAUGCGGGCUUUGUUUGAUUCUGAGACAUGCGUCUUCGACAUACACGGCGGUAAAUAAACAGAACAAACGAAACUGAAAAAAGUGCACAUUUUACUAUUAAUAUUUUGUCCGUUUUUUUCGACGAAAACAUAUACUUUUUUAACGUCUCAAUUUAUUCUAUUCUCAUUACACUUGCCUUCUUCUUGAAAAAAGCGAAAGAAUAAUUGAAUGUUGUUUCUCAGGUUUUUGACAAGGUCAUGUUCGUUGCAUUGAUGUCCAAAUCAAUGUUAUCGAGUGCAAUUGUAAAUCCAGGGUGACAAGCCAUUGGUAACACUAUACAGAUUCCUUUGCUUGCAACGAAACUUGACCUUGCAGGCAUUCUUCACAAAUUGUGCCAGGGAAUACAUGUGCAGUUUUAGCUGGUUGUUCCUUGAGCUCUUUCAGCUUGAAAUCCUCUGCUGCUAUGAUUGCCUUUGCAGCUUUGAGUUUUUGAUCGUGCUUGGCUGCCUGGACAUCAAGUUUAGACAAGGCACCAUGAUCUGUUUGCUUAACUUCACCCCUCAUCCCCCCCCCCCCUUCCCCGAUGAGUACUUAUUUUCGCGAUUUUGGUGAGGCAGUAUUUCGCGAAGGUUUAUUUUCGCAAUUUCAACAGCAAAUAGGAAAGAAAGGCAUCAGAUUUCGCUAUUUUGCGUUCUCGACUUCAUUUUAGUUUUCAAAAAGUCUAAACUUAUAAAAAAUUACAGAUGAAAUCUUCGCAAAUUAACGUUAUUUCUGCUCACCACAUUUUAAGAUACAAAAUGAAACGUAGCAGUAAAACCAGUAAACAAUUUGGGCCGGUUAUUUAAACGAAUUCUAACUUAGCCGUGGUGUUGCAAGACUUUGGACCCCCAGAUCUCUUCCUUAGUGGGUUAUUUUAGGAAGAUAAAUACUUUUCUAGUCUACUCUAUAUGCCUUCAUAAACCCGUUCACAAUAAAUGGUGUUUAGAUUAAAUGGAUAAUAACGCGGUUUUGUUAAACACUGGCUAAACUACGUGAGUACAUCUGUCCCUUUAUGUAUUUCUCCGCACAUAUCCUGUGAUGUAUAAGUUGUUGCUAUUACAUGUUCAUAACCUUUUCUGUGUUUAGAGUUUUGUACAUAGGUAUUGAAUUUUCUCGAGCAUUUAAAUUUGCGGGUCUUUAAUUUCGCGAAAGCCCUGCAGGGCCACGCAGGUUUGGUCGGAAUUUUCCGAUGGUCAGCGCAGAAAAAAAUGCUGGUAGGAUCAUUAGAUUUUGGUCUUGAACGAGGAGUGGAUUUCGCCAGCUCAAGCCGGCACUGCGUGCGAAAGCGAUCAGACCAUAAUAUAACCUGCGAUCAGGUGUCCUUCUUCCCUUUUUGUUUGGGAGACGAGGAAAAAAAAACGCCUGAUCGCAGGUUAACCAUAAUAGCAACUUAACUAGAAAUGCCGCAGUAUUUCUUUACAACUUGUAUUACCAUGAGUGCUGCCUGGUAGAAGAACUGUUCAAUUGAACAGUUGCUCGACUGUGAAGCUAACACACAAGUAAUUCAUGACAUCGCGCGCUCCAGUCCAAAGACCCACUUAUCUCAAGAAAAACAAAAUGGACUGUCAGGCUGCUCCCAAAGAAUAAUAUUGAACAACUAACAGGACAAUUCUCAGCAGUUAGUGUAGCUUCAGAUUAAGCUACAAAUCGUAUCUGUUUCGGAUCACUUUUUCGUGAGAAAACAAUAGCUAGCUUAAAUAGCUGGACCCAGCGUUACAAACGUAGCCGGGAAUCAUCACAUUGACGGACAAGACAUUCAGGUCAACGUAUUUCGAAAGGUUACGUUUCGCGUAACCUGAGAUAAGGUGUCCUCCUUCGUUUCGUUAGCUUAUGAUUGUGUUUGUUCUUCCUGUACAUGGUAAUGUUGAACAAAAAUUAAUCAUUGCAAGCAUUCUUCAUCAUAAUACAUGGUGCAUGCAAACCUUGCAACGGUUUCAACGUACUUAGUAACUCCACUGAUGAAGGGCCCAAAAGGUUUGGAGAGGAAUCCGAACCAAAACACGCCGCUUUUGUUCAUUACUUUUUUUCUGUUGAACAUUCCCUUUUUUACUUUAAUGUGCCACGCCAUAUAUCGAAUUAUUUAUCCGUUAUUUGUGUCAUUUCCUGUACAUGUGUCGUUUGAUGUAGAACAAUAGCACUGUCAUUACUUUGUUGUCGACGUGCGAAGCCUCCUCUGGGAACCGUUCUAUUUAUAUAUCUAUUCAUGCACGAUCACGUAUCUAGCCCCCACGAAAAUGGAGUCAUGUGGCACCCCUUCUAAAUUAGUGCCAAAUUUGCUGCUUUCUACCACUCCGUAAAAAAUUACGCACUAUUUUUUCUUGAUCCUCAGUUGUAAACAUAAAAACUAUGUUCAAAGUGGCUGCAGGAGGUAUGGUAAUAGUAUCCGCCUAUCAGCUCCUGAGGCGUGGCUGCACAUAUGAUCAGUUGGUAACCGCUGUUAAUACCUGCGUCCUUCCCGCUGGCGUUAAACUAAUACAAAUUGCUGAGGGUAGUGUCAUUCUCAAAGUUCAGGCAGGAUCCCUUUCAUCUCUGAACACCUUGUGGAGGUUAUACACAGAAGGGAAACUCAAAGAAUCCCUACAAACCCUAUUUGUCAGUGAUGAAAUGAAAGAACUUGCUGGUGGAGAACAAGUGGAAGUGACUGUGACCAUCGACCAACAAGAAUACGAGAAAACUAUGGAGGAGUUAAUCAGUAGAGAACUAGGUGAUUUUAUCUUUAUUCUGUCGGUUUCAAUGUUUGUAAAAUGUUAAUAAGUUAAUUUGAGAGGGCACUAAAUCAUUAUAGUUAUCAACUUGCAGCUGCACUGAAGUAAGAACCCCGAGAAAUGAUAACCUUAUCAAGGUAAAACAUCUUCUCGCUCUACACUUAACAUUUUGAACCGGAUUUUUAACAAAAUAAUUCUACUUACUUUAUCCCUUCGGUAUUUUUUUUGCUAUGUACCCUGGUUAACCCUCCCAUGAGCGGUCAUCUAAACUGCCAAGAUUUUCGUGUUCUCUUACAGACUGGAAAAGUUAGCUUAACAGAGUCUAACGACAUUCUGGUAUUACUAAAGCAUUCUCUAGACUUGGGCGGAUUUAUCUAUUCGGUCUAUAUAUACCGAUCACAAACGUACACUUAAAUUACGGAUAAAUUGGUAAUUAAAACUUAUAAAGAGCUUUAUAAAGAGCUAUAUCCACAUAAGUCUGCAACCAGCGGUUGUAGUGCCCGGCGCAUAUAGGUGGAAGGAUGACGCCGUCGUCGAGUGACCCUGGCGAGUAUUCUANAGGUUAUACACAGAAGGGAAACUCAAAGAAUCCCUACAAACCCUAUUUGUCAGUGAUGAAAUGAAAGAACUUGCUGGUGGAGAACAAGUGGAAGUGACUGUGACCAUCGACCAACAAGAAUACGAGAAAACCAUGGAGGAGUUAAUCAGUAGAGAACUAGGUGAUUUUAUCUUUAUUCUGUCGGUUUCAAUGUUUGUAAAAUGUUAAUAAGUUAAUUUGAGAGGGCACUAAAUCAUUAUAGUUAUCAACUUGCAGCUGCACUGAAGUAAGAACCCCGAGAAAUGAUAACCUUAUCAAGGUAAAACAUCUUCUCGCUCUACACUUAACAUUUUGAACCGGAUUUUUAACAAAAUAAUUCUACUUACUUUAUCCCUUCGGUAUUUUUUUUGCUAUGUACCGCUGGUUAACCCUCCCAUGAGCGAUCAUCUAAACUGCCAAGAUUUUCGUGUUCUCUUACAGACUGGAAAAGUUAGCUUAACAGAGUCUAACGACAUUCUGGUAUUACGAAAGUAUUCUCUAGACUUAGGCGGAUUUAUCUAUUCGGUCUAUAUAUACCGAUCACAAACGUACACUUAAAUUCUGGAUAAAUUGGUAAUUAAAACUUAUAAAGAGCUUUUGAUAUCGACAUAAGUCUGCAACCAGCGGUUGUCGUGCCCGGCGCAUAUAGGUGGAAGGAUGAUGCCGUCGUCGAGUGACCCUGGCGAGUAUUCUAGUCCAACCAGAGUUGGGCAGACUUAUUCAGUCGCCACUUAUUGAUUCUUACAAAGGAAUGUGGCACCGCGAGCGCAUUCGGAAACACGACUGGAUGCGAGUCUGAGUUGUGAGGGUCUUUUCAGGAAAAAAGCUAGACCCGUUGUUGAAACAUCUAAUUAGGGAAACUUCAUUUACAUGAAAAGAGGGGCAUGAAGAUGCAGCAUCGUUCACCUAAAAAAUAUCAAGAUUUAAUCAAAUUUUCUAAGUUCCCGUAUAAUUAGACUAAUUGGCACUUAAAUUUCAUAGCCCCAUACGGUAGGCUGAUAUUUGCCUUCCUCAAAAAUUAAUGACAGCCGGUUGGCUCCCACAUAUGCCAAUGAGUACCUUGAAUUUCUCGUUCCCACAUCAACAUGCACACCUAGGCUUUCUGAUAAAAGAAGAAGGGCUGAAGUUAUCGUUAUUGACAAAACAAUCGACCAUUAUCUUGGUACAGUCAGAAAGUGAAAGAACAAAGAGGCGAAAGUAAGAUAGUCAAACGGCAGAAAAAGAUAUCUAGGAAGAAGAAGACUCGCAAGUUACUCGCGAUCAUGCAACCCAUGCUAAAGAAAUUAGAGAUUCAGUCUUGAUAGCGAAUCUUGACUAUAUUUCCGUUAGGCUAAGCUGAGAACGAUUUUGCUCCCCAAAGAUUUCACACAAAAGCGUUUUUAUGUAUGUCUUAUCUAAAACGAUUUCAUGUAUGACGUACAACGGCCUGAGGAAUAUUUUAGCUUCGCUAAGAGCAAGGAAAUUAGCCAUUACCAAUGAUUCCAACACACAUCAGACAUCUGAGUGUGAGGAUGAUUCCAUAAAUAACGAAGACGAAGGGCCGAAUGUGAUAGUAAUUAAAGCUCACUAAAAUGUAUAAUAAUACAAAAAAGAAAUGGAAUGGCACCGCGAGCGCAUUCGGAAACACGACUGGAUGCGAGUCUGAGUUGUGAGGGUCUUUUCAGGAAAAAAGCUAGACCCGUUGUUGAAACAUCUAAUUAGGGAAACUUCAUUUAUAUGAAAAGAGGGGCAUGAAGAUGCAGCAUCGUUCACCUACAAAAUAUCAAGAUUUAAUCAAAUUUUCUAAGUUCCCCUAUAAUUAGACUAAUUGGCACUUAAAUUUCAUAGCCCCAUACGGUAGGCUGAUAUUUGCCUUCAUCAAAAAUUAAUGACAGCCGGUUGACUCCCACAUAUGCCAAUGAGUACCUUGAAUUUCUCGUUCCAACAUCAACAUGCACACCUAGGCUUUCUGAUAAAAGAAGAAGGGCUGAAGUUAUCGCUAUUGACAAAACAAUCGACCAUUAUCUUGGUAUCAGAAAGUGAAAGAACAAAGAGGCGAAAGUAAGAUAGUCAAAAAGAUAUCUAGGAAGAAGAAGACUCGCAAGUUGCUCGCGAUCAUGCAGCCCAUGCUAAAGAAAUUAGAGAUUCGGUCUUGAUAGCGAAUCUUGACUAUAUUUCAGUUAGGCUAAGAAGCUGAGAACGAUUUUGCUCCCCCAAGAUUUCACAAAAGCGUUUUUAUGUAUGUCUUAUCUAAAACGAUUUUAUGGAUGACGUACAACGGCCCGAGGCAUAUUUUAGCUUCGCUAAGAGCAAGGAAAUUAGCUAUUACCAAUUAUUCCAACACACAUCAGACAUCUGAGUGUGAGGAUGAUUCCAUAAAUAACGAAGACGAAGGGCCGAAUGUGAUAGUAAUUAAAGCUCACUAAAAUGUAUAAUAAUACAAAAAAGAAAUGGAUAAAAGAUGUGCGUUCUCCGGUGGACCUUAUAUUUAUAUCCAGUCUUUCUCCGUCAACACGCCCUAAAUGAGCUUUCAUAUCUGACUUCAACCUUUUUGCCAUCACUAAGUUAUCUUAACCCUGUUUUGAAGAGCCCGGUCUCGAAGUGGCAGUAUCCAUUCAGUACUUCCUGCAGGUGUUCCAAUGUUAAUGUGAUGCUCUUGAUAAGAAAUUGCUAACUUUUUUUCCUUUGAGUUUUGUUGUAAAAAUUGUUUGAAAAAGCUGAAAAAGGAAGAACGUCUUUCUGGCAUUGUUUUUAACCAAACUCAGUUUUUCGACUCCUCUCUUACAGUAACUUUCUGCUAAUUUAUUCAUUAGCAUUUUUUUUCCUAUUUCCCUUUCCAAUCAUAUUUUCUUUUUUUAAAACUUCAACUUUUUAAUUUCGUUUCAAUUUUCACUCUUUCUUCACUCUUGCGUUUUCAUUUGCAUUGCACUGAAAAUUGUUUCAUAUUUUUUGGUCCUGUAAACCCUAAAGAACUGAAGGAGGUGUGGCAGCAGGAGAAAUACAGUUACAUACAGCGUUAUCUAGAACACGUCGAUACACACAGUGUUGGCACAACAGAAAUAAGUGAUGUUGUCAUGAUACGAUCUUUUAGUGCACCGUCUGAAAUGGGAUUGGAAGAAACCAGCGGUGAGUAACACGUUGACGUAUAGGAUAACUAAUUGUAAUAUCCGGCCAUGAGUUAGUUCAGACACACACUAUUUUAAUACAGACAAGGCAUCGAGUUACAAGUCAUGUGAUUAACAUGUGACAUAGUCAAAGUCACAUCGGACUGUCACGCACAAAACUAACUACAUCAUUACAUUCCUCCCCUCUAGCAUUGCACUUAUAGAUCUAACAGUCCAGUCUUGAACAGGCUUACAAAAAUAAAACGGGGUUCAUGCUAAAAAUUACGACCAUUUUUCAAGGACUUUUCAAGGACCACAUUAGAUUUUCAAGGACCACCUACUAGGAGUAUAAUUUCACAGAUUGUACAAAAAUGCUCAUUCCCAGUCUAUUCUAAUAAGGCUUUAAGGCUUGAACUGUUUGCUUCACCAACUUCUCUACAUGUUUCAGUUUACUGGUCUUAAAUUGAUAGUAAAUUACUGCAUUAGUAAAACAUAGAGCACUUUAUAUAAAUAACAUUUAAAUUGUCUGAGCUAUGAUUUAUAUCCUGUCUUGCACGACCAAAAAGCAUCAAAAACUCUUUCCAGGCCACUACGUUCAAAGUUGAAGAAAACUGAAGGACUUCUCAAGGACUUGCACAGAAGUUUAAGGAAUUUUCAAGGAAAAAUAGAAUUCAAGGACUUUUCAAGGGCUUCCCCCAUCAGGGCGAAAGGAAUAAUUGUUUUAGUAAAAUCCUAAAAUAUUAUCCUAUAAUUGUCUAAGUAAAAAUCAUUACAUUAUUAGAUGGGUAUUUUGGAUCCUCCCUUUUCCUUACGUCACUUCGCUCUCUUUCCACAUACAGAAGCUUCUUUGGGUUUCAGGGAGACUGAGAAGAGAGAAAAAGAAAGCGCGCGUGGGGACGCGUUUCCCUCUUUCCAACGUUCCCCACGCGCCUACAAUUUUUAUUUUUAUUAUUAUCGUUUUUUUUUUCAUGGAAUCCCUGGGGGAGCCUUUGUUUAGGAGAGACAGAGUUAUGUUCAUUAUUUUGUUUUCGUUUUCACCUGGUUUAUUUCUAUCAUGUAAAGGUCCUGUUGUGCAGAUGGAGGAGUGGCAGGAGAAAGUCGCUUACAUUCAGAGUUAUUUAGCACAAACCAAGGAUAUCGAUACACAAAGCUUCACAACAGAAACAAGCGACAGUGCAAUAUCGAGAUCACAUGCUGCUCCUUCUGAACUUGGCGGACCUGAGGAAGCUAGCGGUGAGAUUUCACUUAAGUUAUUGUUAGAGGUUGUAUUCAAACUGAAGUCUAAUUAACAAUUAUUCCUCCAGCCCGAAUGGGCUCUGAGUCAAUAGCCCACGAGGCCGAAGGCCGAAUGGGCUAUUGACUCAGAGGCCAUCAGGGCGAGAGGAAUAAUUGUUUUAGUAGCAAAACGCGAUUCAGCCGCCAUUGUUUUGGUUUUCAAAGCCGGCGCUUUUCGCUACUAGUAGGCUAUAACAUUUAGCCUAGUAGUAGCUCAACCAAUCAGAACGCAGCAUUGAUAAUAGACCACUAGUUGGAUUUUACUAAAUUGUUUUACCUAUUGUUUAUGAAUGACCACAAAGGUCAAAUGUAAGCGUGAUGAAUCUAUUACAAAAUAGCCAAUAUUCCUAGGAUAUACUCGUCUUUAGAAAAAGCAUCUGAGUUUUGCUAGAGCUCGUUCGAAAAAGAUCACAAAACUUUAUAAUAAUCGACCAUGAAAAACAUAAAAUCAAACAAAUUUACAUUUGGAACCCCAUGACUACCGGAUUUAUUAUGUAAACAUUGAUUUACGUCAUCAAUAUGGAAUUUCUGUCGCUGAGUCGCAGACGUUUCUCCUGGCGAAACGUUACUGGCGACCAGGAGCUAGGAGAAACGGCUGUAUUCGCAGGCUAAUAAUAUUGAAGCCCUUAUAAUUUCUGGCGAAAAGACUCAAGUUCCCCUAGGAUGACCAAUGCGUUUCGAGAAAUACUAAAGUAAUCUGGACAAAAAGUACUCCCAUGCAUGUAUUUAGGAUGAAACCGUCGUCGGGUGCCCCUGAAGGACUCAUGAUUAUAUUGGCUAGCAUUCCCAUUUGGGAUAUGUGUCGUGAAUGUCUUCAAGUAGUAUACUUUGUCAACAAGUUUAAAUUUCUACGGAUCGACUUAAAAUAUUUUAAAUUUUUAGUGCUUCUGAAUCAAGUAAUUCCUUGAAACUAACUUAGCUUCUAGCGUGAAGUCAAUGAUGCUGUCACAGUUGUGUGCUCAGGUUCCUGGCUUCUGAAUAGAAGCGAGGCUGGCGGUGACCUUGUUUCCUUAAAAAACAUUCCUGGUUUUCAAAUGCAAAAUAUCAUGGUCAAGCUUGAAAACGCCAUGUUAUGCACAUGAAAAGCAGCAAGGUUUGUAAAUAGGGUAACCUUCAACCUCCAAGUACGGAAGUAAGAAAGUUAGAAAAACAUAAUUCUGAAAUUCAAAUGCAAGGUACCAUAUGACUCAGUUUGAAUUCGUAUGCUGUGUACAUUGACCCUUUAAGCCCAAAUGUCAGCAUGCACGUUUCAACACUGUUCCCUAUACUUAUACUAAACAGUAACAACCGACAAUGGAAUUCAAUUAGCUCAACCUUCACCUCCUGCACCGCGAUUGGAAGGAACCAGCAUCGGUAAGAUACACCUUAUGUGAUAAAACGUUAUCGUAUAGGAUAACUAGCCAUGUAACAACUGCACGGUCAUGUUGUUAGUUAUUAAGUGAGUGAGUAAGGCCCGGUUCAAGCGUCGAACUUUACAUGUGUCGAACCGAAUUCGUAGCGAAAACAAGUAUCAUCCUUACUGCUUAAAAUAGGGGAAUAAACUAAAAGAAGUAAAAUUCACCAAGCUUGAAAAGCAUGUUUUGAUUUUAGUGUGAUUUGUGUUCUGUUAUGUCAAGAAGAUCGUGAUCAUAUUGAGAUUUGGACAAAAUGAAGUAACGCCAUAAAUUUUAAAAUUCAGUACGAUUUCUCUAUGGAUAUAAAGAAAAUAAACUUUUUAGAAGACCGUUUAAAGCUGUUCAGUUUCAGUCUAAAAAUCGUUAACGAGAAUGCUGGUAAAGUCGUUACGCUUCUUUGAGUUCUCUCCGCACAGGCGCAAAAACCCACUACUGGGUAGGCAGCUUCCUCUUCAUCAGUGACUCUGCGGGUGGCACUCCAGUCGUACUCCGAGGGGUUGUUCGAUAACUGAGAGGGGAUCGAGAUAACUUCGUUUGAAUUUUCCCUCUGCUAUCUUCUCAAAGCCUUCGUUAGCGACUCGCACAGUUCUUUCUGCCAAACCAUUUGAGGUAGGGUGAUAUGGUGCUACCUUGAUGUGUUUAAUGCCAUUCCUCUUCAUAAACUCUUCAAAUUCUGAGCUGGUGAAAUUACUGCCAUUGUCGCUGACACGUGUUACAGGUAAACCGUGUUUAGCAAAUAUUUCUCUGAGCUUCUCAAUUGUAGCACCUGAGGUCGUGGACUUCAUACAGUGUACUUUCAAACAUGUGGAGUAAGCAUCAAUGACCACAAGAAACAUCUCUCCUAUCUAACGACCAGCGUAAACAACAUGGAUUCUAGACCAAGGGAGUCCUGGCCACUCCCAGGGGUGUAGGGGUGCUUCAGCCGGGGUUGUCUGGUUUGCUUGGCACUUGUCGCAGCCCUUCACACGAGAUUCACCCGGGUGGGCCUCAUGCAACUCAGAGAGCACUUUAGACCUCCCUUGAGGGGGUACGAUAACUCUGGUUUCCCAGAGAAUACAGCCAUCUUCCACACUCAACUCAGUACGUUAAGUGUAGUAAGGGGCUAACUCUUCAGAGUUUGCUGUCUUGGGCCAACCCUCCAAGGUGUAGCAAAGCACCUGAGAGAGCACUGGGUCUCUUUUGGUGCACUCAUUGAUGUGCCCACUAUGUACAGGGGUGCCUUCCAAAUGUUCCAUUGGAAGAAUCGUUUCGCCAGGUAGAGGAACAGAAUCAGGCAUCACGGGUAGGGGUAAUCUUCUUAAACCAUCUGCGUUGCCAUUGGCUUUACCAGCCUUAUAGGAUAUCUUGUACCAGUACGCUGACAAGGUAAGUGCCCAUCGCUGGGUGCGUGGUGCUGCCAUGGAAGGAAUCCCUUUCUUUUCACUUAACAACCCUUCCAAGGGUUUAUGAUCCAUCUUGAUAGUGAACAAAUGGCAAUACAGAAAUUGAUGGAACUUUUAAAUACCAAAAAUUAUAGCCAAAGCCUCUUUUUCUAGUGUGGAGUAGUUCCUUUCAGCUUCCUGUAGGGUUCUGAAAACAUAUCCUAUGGGUCGUUGAGUUCCAUUUUUCAUCUUGUGGGAUAAGACAGUUUACGACUUCUAGCCGCGCCAGUGUCGAUCUCGAAUUUGUACGGUUCAUUGCAAAGGUAUAAGGACACUUCAUAAGGCAUCAGUUUGUUUAGACAAUGUGGUACAUGGUCUCAACGUAGACAUCUUCUUCGUCGGAAAUUUCCGCGACUAAAUGUGUUGGCUGUUAUUUUUUCUCUUUUUUCUUUUUCCACCGCUGUUCAUUCUUCUCUUCUUUCUUCUUCUUUCCUUUGUCUUCCCCGAGGUCAUACUACGACACGCCUUGGCUAAAUGGCCUUGUUUUCCAAACUUAAAACACUGAGCCUCUCUAAACCGACAGGUUGACGCUUCAUGUUUCUCACCACGACGAUAGCGUUCGCCGAAUGGGCUAUUGACUCAGAGGCCAUCAGGGCGAGAGGAAUAAUUGUUUUAGUAAAAUCCUAAAAUAUUAUCCUAUAAUUGUCUAAGUAAAAAUUAUUAUAUGAUUAGAUGAGUAUUUUGGAUCCUCUGUUUUCCUUACGUCACUUCGCUCUCUUUCCACAUACAGAAGCUUCUUUGGGUUUCAGGGAGACUGAAAAAGAAAGCGCGCGUCUACAAUUUUUAUUUUUAUUAUAAUCGUUUUUUUUUCAUGGAAUCCCUGGGGGAGCCUUUGUUUAGGAGAGACAGAGUUAUGUUCAUUAUUUUGUUUUCGUUUUCACUUGGUUCAUUUCUAUCAUGUAAAGGUCCUGUUGUGCAGAUGGAGGAGUGGCAGGAGAAAGUCGCUUACAUUCAGAGUGAUUUAGCACAAACCAAGGAUAUCGAUACACAAAGCUUCACAACAGAAACAAGCGACAGUAGGAUAUCGAGAUCACAUGCUGCUCCUUCUCAACUUGGCGGACCUGAGGAAGCUAGUGGUGAGAUUUCACUUAAGUUAUUGUUAGAGGUUGCAUUCAAACUGAAGUCUAAUGAACAAUUAUUAUUCGAGCCCGAAUGGGCUCUGAGUCAAUAGCCCACGAGGCCGAAGGCCGAAUGGGCUAUUGACUCAGGGGCCAUCAGGGCGAGAGGACUAAUUGUUUUAGUAAAAUCCAACUAGUUGGCCAAAAAUAUGGAGACAAAACAACUUUAGCUAGCAAAACGCGAUUCAGCCGCCAUUGUUUUGGUUUUCAAAGCCAGCGCUUUUCGCUACUAGUAGGCUAUAACAUUUAGCCUAGUAGUAGCUCAACCAAUCAGAACGCAGCAUUGAUAAUAGACCACUAGUUGGAUUUUACUAAAUUGUUUUAACCUAUUGUUUAUGAAUGACCACAAAGGGCAAAUGUAAACGUGAUGAAUCUAUUACAAAAUAGUCAAUAUUCCUAGAAUAUACUCGUCUUUAGAAAAAGCAUCUGAUUUUUGCUAGAGCUCGUUCGAAAAAGAUCACAAAACUUUAAAAUAAUCGAUCAUGAAAAACAUAAUAUCAAACAAAUUUACAUUUGGAACCCCAUGACUACCGGAUUUAUUAUGUAAACAUUGAUUUACGUCAUCAAUAUGGAAUUUCUGUCGCUGAGUCGCAGACGUUUCUCCUGGCGAAACGUUACUGGCGGCCAGGAGCUAGGAGAAACGGCUGUAUUCGCAGGCUAAUAAUAUUGAAGCCCUUGUAAGUUCUGGCGAAAAGACUCAAGUUCCCCUAGGAUGACCAAAAUGAUACAAAUUGUAUAGCUCCGCUUAGAAUGCGUUUCGAGAAAUAUUAAAGUACUCUGGACAAAAAGUGCUCCCAUGCGUGUAUUUAGCAUGAAACCAUCGUCGGGUGCCCCUGAAGGACUCAUGAUUAUAUUGGCUAGCAUUCCCAUUUGGGAUAUGUGUCGUGAAUGUCUUCAAGUAGUAUACUUUGUCAACAAGUUUAAAUUUCUACAGAUCGACUUAAAAUAUUAAAAAAUUUUUAGUGCUUCUGAAUCAAGUAAUUCCUUGAAACUAACUUAGCUUCUAGCGUGAAAUCAAUGAUGCUGUCACAGUUGUGUGCUCAGUAUCCUGGCUUCUGAAUAGAAGCAAGGCUGGCGGUGACCUUGUUUCCUUAAAAAACAUUCCUGGUUUUCGAAUGCAAAAUGUCAUGGUCAAGCUUGAAAACGCCAUGUUAUGCACAUGAAAAGCAGCAAGGUUUGUAAACAGGGUAACCUUCAACCUCCAAGUAGGGAAGUAAGAAAGUUAGAAAAACAUAAUUCUGAAAUUCAAAUGCAAAGUAACCAUAUGACUCAGUUUGAAUUCGUAUGCUGUGUACAUUGACCCUUUAAGCCCAAAUGUCAGCAUGCAUGUUUCAACACUGUUCCCUAUACUUAUACUAAACAGCAACAACCGACAAUGGAGUUCAACUAGCUCAACCUUCACCUCCUGCACCGCGAUUGGAAGGAACCAGCAUCGGUAAGAUACACCUGAUGUGAUAAAACGUUAUCGUAUAGGAUAACUAGCUAUGCAACAACUGCACGGUCAUGUUGCUAGUUAUUAAGUGCGUGAGUAAGCCCCGGUUCAAGCGUCGAACUUUACAUGUGCCGAACCGAAUUCGUAGCGAAAACAAACAUCAUCCUUAGUGCUUAAAAUAGGGGAAUAAACUAAAAAAAGUAAAAUUCACCAAGCUUGAAAAGCAUGUUUUGGUUUUAGUGUGAUUUGUGUUCUGUUAUGGCAAGAAGAUCGUGAUCAUAUUGAGAUUUGGACAAAAUGAAGUAACGCCAUAAAUUUUAAAAUUCAGUACGAUUUCUUUAUGGAUAUAAAGAAAAUAAACUUUUUAGAAGACCGUCUAAAGCUGUUCAGUUUCAGUCUAAAAAUCGUCAACGAGAAUGCUGGUAAAGUCGUUACGCUUCUUUGAUUUCUGUCCGCACCGGCGCAAAAACCCACUAGUAGCCAAUCAGAAGCGCGGUUGUGUUAAAAAAUAAGUUAACAUAAUUUAUAAAUUAAGUUCGGCACAUAUGAAUCGAAGUCGAUCUUUUGCCGCUCUAUUCGACAAGCUGAUCAGUCGAAAAGAACGGCAAAAUACAAAAGUGCCGUUCCUAACUGAACAUACGUCGAACUUGACAUGUGCCGAACCUAAUAAUUAGGUUCGGCACAUGUAAAGUUCGACGUUUGAACCGGGUCUAAGUAAUGAGUUUCAUUCACUUUCCCUUUUUUCUUUCUUCCAGAUUCAAUUCCUCAACUGUGCUUAAAAGAUCUAAGUAAAACAGUGACUACAGAACUUGGAUACAGACUGCUUAUCGACCCAAUUGCUUUACGGCGAUUUCAUCGAUCAUUCGGACUUAAUCCGAAAAAAAUGCACCCUGAUAGGUUGGGAAAUCUUAGCGAAUACUUUCCCGACACCCCAGUCAAGGUGUUAAAAGACGUUUUUGAGAAGCUGCAGCUUUAUGACCUCGCAGAGUUGCUGGAGAAGGUAAAAAAACGAACACUUCGUCCUGUUCUUCCUUUAGAAGAAAUGACAGAGACGCUAGUAAAUAACGAUCGCCCUGCAAAGGUUUACAGCAAAGCAGAAGUUUUGAUUAUCGACUGCACAGAUAAUGCUACUGUAUAUGACAAUGUUAAAAGAGUCGGCUCUUUUUUUACCGAUUUACAAAGCCAAGUUACCACGUUGACAACAAAGGCUCCCGAAAAAAUGGUUGAUGAUCUAAGGGAGCUUAAGAAGAGGAAGAAGACGAAGGAAAACAAUAUUUCAAGCGCAAAGGGCAAGGAACGAACGCUGAAAGAACUUUUAAAAAAUCAGUUACCACUAAGUUGGUAUAGUAAACAAGAAGGAAGCUUCGAUAUAGAAGAACUUGUCCCUAACACCGAUGAGCAACUGAUGAAAGUGUUUUACAAAGAGCUGCAGGAUAUGACAGGUCUUAUACAGAAGACGAAAGAAGAAACAGAGCUGUGGACGAAAGAGAAAGCUCAAAUCGAAAAGGACAUACAAGUGAAGGAGGAAGAAAUACAGGAGGAGAAAGAAAAUUGCCAAAUGAGGGUCUCAUCCAUCAUGGACCAGUGGAUUUGCUAUGGAAAUGAUGAAGGUUGUUUGAAAGUUGAAAGUGUAACAAUUGACAGUUAUCGUAUAACCCUCAGUCUUCAGGUUAAGUUUAAGUUUAUCAACGACAGUCGGCACCCCCUGUAACAGAUCCAGUGAGGCCCUACCCGUGGUUUAAUUCAGCCUACUCAGGGAUAAUUUAGCCUCCCCAAUACCUGGCGAAUAGCUUGUUUCUACCCGCCUGAUUUUUUGCUUCCCGGUCACUUUCUCUUCUCCUGACGAUCCUUCGUGAUUCAUAUUUGUUUAACCCUUUAAACCCUAAGAUCAAAAUUUGAACUCUCAUUUGUUGCCCUUAUUCAAUUCCUACAGAAGUAGUGGGGAGAAGUUGAUAAAAUAUCAAGCAAAUUCAUCUUCUGUGAUCAUGUCCGCAAUUCUCAUGACCACUCUGUUUUAUAAAGCAUUGAUAUUACGAGGAGAAAUUUGAUCCUGGUCACUCUUAGGGCUUAAAGGGUUAAGAGUGAGAAGCCAAAAUAUAAAACAUUAUUACCAUUUGACAGGUAAUCCCGAUCUCGCAUAAAAAAGGUUAAACCUUUUUAAUUAAUUGCUCUCGCUAGAGCAAUACGUAAAAGGUUUUAAAAGUUUCAUAACGGUAAAGGUGCAAGGUCUGCCAACCGUUUUAGACCUUUUAGCUUUUAGUUAUGCCGGGAGGUACACAACUAAGAAAAACCCCCAGUGGAAAAUAAGCCAGCAACCCGGUGACGUUUUCUCCAAGAACCCGGUGAACAUAUUGAUUCUGCUAGAUUCUACUGGGUCUGUUACAGAGGGGUGCAUGAUCAAUGUCUGUUGAAGAUGUAGGCUAUAGCUUAUCAUAGCCGAAAUAAGAGAGGAGCGCUACUUUAUGUUCGAUGAAAGCAAACACCAAAGAGUUGAAAUCAUUCCAUUUUCAUAUCAUUUCUUUGAUAUCACUCAUUUCCCUGCCACCACCAUAUUUUUUCCAAACAUAUUUACUAAAAUUGCACCGAUUCAUCGGUAAAGCCGGGUUUCAUUUAGGUAUUACUUCACAUCAGAACAGAACGACUGGUUUUGACACUGUGACGGAUCAGCUUUCCAGUUUUGAAGCGUUAGUGGCAUCGCAUACUUUAUACUGUAAUUUCAAACGAAAAAGGAAAGAAGUCCAGAUAAAACUUGCUGUUAAAUGAGUUGGACACAAAAAAACGCAGAUACGCUUCUGUGAACAGGUUCACACAAUCUCACUUGUGUCAUCAGUACAGUCAACUAUGAAAUAAUUCAAUCAAGGUGUUUUUAUUAGUAAUAGUUUCUGAGAAGAAAGGUUCAUCGUUCAUCUUUUUUCCUCUUUCCAGGUAAGAAAUCGACCCUUCUUGUUGUGCUCUUUGUGGUUAAUAAAUCUCGAAGUGUGCUUGUGGAGACAAUAACAGAAUGUUUGAGGACGAAAUUGGCACGCAUUUCUAACACGAUGCUCGUGGUAACUAAUGCCUGGCCUCCAGAGAAUGAUGAAGAAAUUCCCCCAGAAACCUGUGAAGUCUUGUUUGGGUACACUAAAAGAGCACUUACUUUAGCCACAAUAAUGAAGCUGCUGAACAAGCGAUGGAAGACAUUGGACCUUGUUUCAAUUAUGCGAGAAGUAGGGAGGACGUUGCCUCUUAAGGCAACUCCCAAGUAUGAGCUUGUUGACAAAGGAAAGGCCCGGGAUGGUUAUGCAGUUAAUAUAUUUGAAAAUUUGUCUUGUCUUCCAUUUCUUCAGAAGACUGAACAGAUAUCGUUGACAAAGGCUCCAUGA